CGUCUCGGAACGAUAGUGCGCGAACCGCUUCCACGCGACACGGGUCACAAAACACUCGGUCCUUUUAUUUUUCUAAACGUACGAAACAUUGGACCCUCCAAUGAAUUAAUCAGUAUGAUUUUUAUGCUCUAUGCGCGAAGAUUCCGAUUAAACAAACCCACGAAGAGGAAAAACUCGUUGGAAAAGGAUCACUGAAAUUUCAAACGAGUGUUGCUACGUCCGUUUAAUCGUUGACACUGUAGCUUCGAAGACGAUGGGAAACUUAUUGUCAAAGGCUUUUGAUAAUCUGCCUGACGCCUUUUAAAUUAGGCGCGAAGAUUGCCGGAUAAGUCUCCGGGUGUACUUGCUAUGGUACAGACAGCUAGUGAGUCGCAAUACUUUAACUAUAUGCUAAGAUUCUCCAAAUAAAAUUCACCACAACAAUCUCUCCUAUUCCGCGCCGUUUACGACGUGCAAAGCGAGAGACCUUCAGCUUCAUAAAUCUCUUUACAAACCUUUCUGGCGCCUCGUGAUUUUUGCCUCUCACCCUUCCUUCGACACUGUGUGAUUAAUGCGCUCGAAAACGCGUAAACGUCGAAAGAAAAUAUAAGUUUGAGAAUCUCGCCAGACCAACGAGAGACACGACGAUACACUGCAGCCUGCUCAUUCCUCAAGGAAGCAAGGGUCCAGAAUGAUACAAUAAAUUCAUUCGCUUGCGUGCUCGUUGACAAGUUCGUCUUCUGGUAAAAGACUUGAGUAAAUGCUCGAGGGAACUUCAGCGAACCCUAUAACUUUUCCGCUAUUCGCAGAAGGAAGCGUUGCUCGAUGGUAAAAGAAGAGGAAAGUAAUACUGGUUUGAAUAAAUUCCAGCUACGUAUAUAUUGAAAAAGUAUAACGAGAAACGCGCACGGAAUGAUAAAAUAGCAAAUGAAACGUGCACUAUGGGAAUAGUUAUACUUGCGAGAAGAAAUCAUUCUCUUGCAUUGAAAUUUAUGUCUAUAUGUAUACACAAGGGGAAAGGAAUAAUGUCGGAUUCACGGGUCAACACGAAUAAAAACACUGGACGAUUGCUUCCCGAGCUGGACUAACUAUUUAACAAGAUUUACGAGACAACUCUGAAUAUCCUCUGGUUCGACAUGAAACUAGAACAGAAGAACAUUUCGACGAUCGAAUUCCAUGGAGAUGAUAGAAACGUCUAGGGGUGGUACUCGUAGUCGAGGACACGCGCCGACUGAUUAUGUCGUCGCUAAUUUACACGGAGUCACGUACGUCCGCUAGUUUUCCCAUUAUCUCCACUUCAUUUUCGCCUCCGUUGAUUUUCAACAGAUCGAGAGUUCCGUGUCGCCGCCACUCGUCACCGUCUCUCGUUUCAUCGGUUCGUAAAGUCCUCCUAUUUGUGAUAGUAUUAAUCCACGAGAUUCAUCGAUUCGGUUCAACGGGAGCAGCGCUCUUGAACGAGUUUGGAGAAUCGAGGCCGACGACGACAACGACGAAUAAACGACGGGAUCGGGAUGUUCGAGAAUCAAAUACGUCAGUGUUAAGGAACCCGAUUGUUUCCGGGAGUACCGAAAACCUUGUAAAAAAAUAUGAAGCGAACGAUUAUAUGUUCGAGGGUUUACCGUUCGACCAAAGAAGAGACAAAGUGACUCGUGAUAUCGAGCAUGAAAUGACCAACAGUUUGGAAGUCACUCGUGCGAGUAAAAUUGUCGCCUACGACACGAUAAUACACGAGAAAACUUCUAUCCCGUUUUCCGGACGAGAUAACAACGGCGUAGAUGAAUAUCUCAAACGGUAUUCUCAACAGAAACCGUCGUCAAAACAUCGAGUGGCCCACGUCUCAGACAAGAGUAAUAUUUUCGUCGUAAAAAUUCCGCCAAGGGUCCCACGAGAUACAAAAACAAUUUCCAACGAAUCGUUGUUUAAUCUAGACCACGCAAACGUCGAAACGCCAACCACGGACAUAACGAAAAAAUUGCUCGUCAGAUCGAACGGGUUGGACAAAUAUGAUAAGAAGUCAUCGAAGGGAACGGAAAAGUUGUCGGCGGAGGAGACGACCUACAAACCAGCAGCUGCAGCCACUCAACCAUUUGAGAAGUACGACAGGCGACACUUUGGUCCUUCGAGGGUUGAAAAUUUCAAAGAGUUCUCAAAAGGAACGACGCAAGCUGUUCCUAGGUCAUCGUUAACAGUUUUAUCAGACGUCACGUACCCGAAUACGGACUCGAGGGCUUCUUCAAUUUCCGUGAUCACUUCGUCAUCAACAUCAUCGCCACAACCACCAUCGACCUCGUUACCGUCGCCAACAUCAUCGACAACUUCCUGGCAGUCCGAAACCUUACCCGAUGGCACUCCAAUGCUUGGAAAAAACGGCGAAUUAGUAAAUAGGCGAAAUGAUGAGGAGGAAGAGGAUGAGAAUGUACGGUAUAAUCACGACGAGAAGCCACGGAAAUCAGAGGUCACUGGAAGAGAGAAAUUUGAUUCCGAUAAUGAAUCUCACGCUAAUGAGGAUUACGUCAGUAUAAUCGAUCGCCUUGAUGAAGGUCAGGAACACGAGAUGGCAAAUGACAAGUUGGGGAAACCAACUUUCGGCCAGUCUACGAUUGCUGGCAUCAGCCACGAUCUUCGACAAUCAUCAAUUUCAGUAUCCAAACUGUCGAACAAGGAACAUAAGCUUGACGUGGUUACCGUACGACCUCAGGAUGGCGAAAAUGUCGAGGAAGAUGCCGCGACUACCUCCGGCAACGAGCUUGUUGACAAGUUGGAAUUAACUAUAUUGGGCCUAUUCGAGCUUACCGAGGCCACCGAGCCUCGUCCCGAUGGACCAAGCGAGCUACAAGCGGCGCGUCUUGCGGUCGAUAGGAUCAACGAGAUGGGCAUCCUACCGAAUAUAAAAUUGCGCCUCAUUCACAACGACACGAGGUGCGAUCCUGGAGUAGCCGUCGAUCGAUUCUUCCAUGCACUGUACACUUCGAACAGCAGCGUGAUAAUGCCACUCUUGCUGGGCACGGCCUGUUCCGAGGUCACGGAGACCCUUGCGAAGAUUGUUCCCUACUGGAACAUCGUUCAAGUAUCGUAUGGCUCAACAGCCCCAGCGCUCUCAGAUCCGACGGAAUUUCCACUUUUCGUGCGAACUGUGGCGCCCGAUUCGAGUCACAAUCCAGCGAGGAUUUCUCUGAUAAAAUAUUUUGGCUGGGACACUGUCACCGCACUUUCCCAGAACGGCGACAUGUAUUCUUUGGCCGUGAAUGAUCUCGUGACGGAAUUGGAACAGGCAAACAUCACGUGUGCGGCAACCAUUACGUUUGGGGAGAAUGAUUACAAAGAACAACUGCGUACAUUGAAGGAACUAGAUACGAGGAUAAUAAUCGGCAGCUUUUCACCGAAGUUGGCGCCUUUAUUAUUCUGCGAGGCCUGGAAACUUGGUAUGCAUGGUGGCGAUUACGCGUGGAUCUUACCCGGAGAAGCAAUUGAUCUUUCGGGAAUGAGCGGAGAUUGGUGGCACAACGGACCGGAGGAUUGUUCAACGUCGCAACUAUCGGAAACCCUAAAUGGACUGAUUAUCGUUCAAAGCUAUGGUACAAGUUUGACCGAAGAAGCGAGCUACUCCGGAUUGACUACGAGUGAAUUCACUUCGGAAUUAGCUAAGAGAGGGGUCACACUCUCGAAAUACGCUGGACAAACGUAUGAUGCCGUUUGGUCGAUGGCACUGGCUCUGCAAAAGCUCGAGGAAUUUCUGAACAGUAACAAAUCCAGUAUCGCUCAAUACAAUCAUUCGCGUAAAGAGAUGGCUCAUUAUUUACUCGAGCAGCUGAAGAGUCUCAAUUUUGUUGGAGUUUCGGGACCAGUGUCCUUCGAUGGAGCAGACCGUGUUGGUAUAACAGCAUUUUAUCAGAUGCACGGACACUCGAUUAGGAGAAUAGCCCUUUAUAUACCGAAAAACAAACAGUUGACGAUGAACUGUCUGGGGUGCGCCAGAAUUCAUUGGCCCGGCGAACAUCCUCCGGUGGCGCGCAGAGUUUUUCGGUUUCGAAUGGUCACUAUCGAAUACGGAGCUUUUCUGGCCGUGACGUGCUUGGCUAGCGUCGGAGUGACGUUAGCUGUAGCAUUUCUCGCCUUCAACUUACAUUUUCGUAAGCACAAGAGCAUCAAACUAUCCAGCCCAAGGCUGAAUAACAUGGCCGCUGUAGGAUGUGCUUUAGUUUACGGAGCCGUUAUACUCCUGGGUCUCGAUCAUGCUACGCUUUCGGACAGCGAUGGAUAUUUCCCCACGAUUUGCACGGCCCGAGCUUACCUGCUCUCAGCAGGAUUCUCUUUAGCGUUUGGCUCCAUGUUCACUAAAACUUAUAGAGUCCAUCGAAUUUUCAUUAGAAGCCGGAGUGGAGUGGUUAAAAACAAAUUGCUGCAAGACACUCAAUUAAUUAGUCUCAUUUUCGUUCUUUUGCUGAUUGACUGUCUCGUUGUAACCCUUUGGGUCACUCUCGAUCCCAUGCAACGAGAUCUCCGCAACCUUACGUUGGAGAUUAGUGCGCAAGAUCGCGCGGUCAUUUACCAGCCGCAGGUUGAGGUGUGCAGAUCUCAGCACACGAAUGGUUGGCUCGCUGCUCUGUAUGCCUACAAAGGGUUACUCUUAAUAGUCGGUGUUUACAUGGCGUGGGAAACUCGGCACGUGAAGAUCCCAGCAUUGAACGACUCCCAGUACAUAGGAAUGAGUGUUUAUUCGGUUGUAAUAACGUCGGGAAUCGUCGUAGUUCUAGCAAACUUAAUGUCGGAUCGAGCCACACUCGCAUUCGUUACGAUAACAGCUCUGAUUCUUGCAUCGACCACGGCCACACUCGCGCUCCUUUUUCUUCCUCAAUUAGCUCACAUUCUCACCGGCGAGAGGGCGGAUCCAGUCGUACAAAGUUUGGGGCUAAAGAUCGAGUGCAAUACACGACGAUUCGUUAAUGAUGACAGCAGGGAAUUGCAGUACAGAGUUGAGGUGCAAAACAGGGUUUAUCGACGUGAAAUGGCUCAGCUGGAACUCGAGUUGGCCAGAUUGGAGAAACAAUUAGGGCAAGAGCAGGUCGAACCCUCGCAUGAAUUGUCUGGUGCGUCAAUACCGCCUAGAAACCCAAGUAUAGGAGGAGGUUUGCCGUUACUGUUGCUGAGUGUAUUACCGCCGGUAAUUCCUCGCGCUAGUUGGCCCUCCGCGGAUUCUUCCGGCAUGCGUCGCGGAACCGUAGCGUUUAGCAGUCAACCAGAACUGGAACCGGAUGGAGCUCGAAGAAGUCUUGCAGAUAUUUACAAACUACAAUGGCGAAGGGAUACCGAGGGACCGAACCGUUUGGGAGUAUUUCAACGUCUCUUUAGUCUCUUUGGUAGCCGACCAAGCAGCAGGAAAACCUCAACAGCUUCUUUUACAGGCGUCGCAUCAGCCCUAAGAGUUCACAUGGGAUACAUCGCUGGUCUGGUGCCAGGAACCAAAGCUUCGUCCAGCUGUCAAGUUAAUGUUCAAGGCAUCAGGCAGCCUCAUCCGCGCUGUGGGUCAGGACCAAUUAUAAGUAUAACGAGCGAAGAGGAUAGACGCUUCAGCCUAGGUCUGAAACGUAAAGAGAGUAGCGAGCCAAGAGUUAAUUUCAGUCUACCAUCAAAAGCGAAUACGAGUCAAGGUUCAUCGAGGGAAAAGGUUCGAGGUUCACCACGAUUUCCUCACAGAAUCGUGCCAGCAAACAGUAUGAGCGCACUGUCUCCAGGGUCGAUAAGUGCUGCACAUCAAAAAUGGCACUCAAUGGAGGACGCAUCGAAACGAAAAAAUGUAAAUUUGAACAACUGUCGUUUCACGUACGGUCCCAGCGACGACGUGUGGGCAGCGAGGGAGUACGGCAUACCACUGAGUGAAUUAUCAAACUCGGUUCGAGAACGUCGAUUUCCGGAGCAGCUAGAAUCCAAGUUAUUUUCAACGAAUGAUUCGAGCGUCAGUCCGGAUGACGCUCCAUUGGAGAGCGCGUUGCAAAAACUCUUUCGAGAAAAUAGUACAAUCAGUUGUGAAUACGAUAACAAUACGAGCAAUGAAAAUUCCAAACAAUCGAGCAAAAUAGCGCUAGAUGUGAUUUCUCAAACGGAAAUAACGGUGUCUACGAGCAACGGCAGCGAAUGCGAUCGAGAAGCUCGAAUAUUCCGAGCUGACAAUUAUUCAACCGGUGACUCGAUGAAUCUGCAUUCGAGCGUGACGAACUUUGAGGAGACCAGUGACAAAAACGAAAGCAACGUUGAUGUCGAUAAAACACUUUCGGUAUAUUGCACAGUAAAACCUAGCGAAUGUAACGAUCCCCAAGAAAAUUAGGUUUAAAAAUGUAUUUUGUCGCGAAUGAAUAACGAUAACGAUAUUAAAUGUUAUGGGACCAAAUGAGGAAAUUUUAUUGGAAGCAGGAAAACGUGAACAGAGUUUUUCGAUUCUUUUCUUCGUUCGCAUAAUUUUAUAACGAUGAAAUUCAUUUUAUUGAGAAAGAAUUGCAAAACUAGUUGUAUGUAUUGCACGUGAUUUUUUUAAGGAAGCAAGUCGACUAUUCUAAACUCUUAUAAUUUACAAUAGCUCUUCAUCCUUCAAAAAUAUGUAUCAACAAUUUUUUCGAUUACCUGAAAAGAUUUUACGCCACAUCAGAGUUCUUUUUCGGCCAAUGAUUCAGAAAAGCAUAUUCGAAAUUGCUAAAAGAUCGAGAGUCCUUUUUCUUGCGAUAUGCAAGCUUUAUCUGUGUCCUGAAAAUGUGUGUGUGUGUGUGUGUGUGUGUGUGUGUGUGUGUGUGUGUGUGUGU